CAUCUCUUUGAUAUCUUUGUUUCUGAUCAUUCCAAGAGGCCGAGAGAUGGAGAAGCCGGAAUUGAAGUUGCACAAUACGAUGACCCAAAUGAAGGAAGUUUUAAAGCCAAUCAAUCCCGGCAAGAUCGGAAUGUAUGUCUGCGGUAUUACCGCGUACGAUUUCAGCCAUCUCGGCCACGCUCGUGCCUCGGUCUCCUUUGACAUCCUUUAUAGAUACCUGAGGCACUUGGGUUAUGAAGUUACUUAUGUCCGAAAUUUUACAGAUGUUGAUGACAAGGUAAUCAAAAAAGCUCGCAAGGAUGGGGUGGACCCGUUAGAUUUGAGUAAUCGUUUUUGCGAGGAGUAUCUUGUAGAUAUGGGUGCUCUUCAGUGCCUCCUUCCUACCCACCAGCCUCGUGUCAGUGACCAUAUGGAUCACAUAAUAAAGAUGAUACAAAAGAUCAUUGAGAAAGAUUGUGGGUAUCCAGUGGGUGGUGGUGAUGUGUUCUUCUCGGUCGAUAAGUCACCAAACUACGGUCAACUAUCUGGCCAGCUCUUGGAUCAUACUCGAGCUGGUGAGCGUAUUGCUGUUGAUCCAAGGAAGCGUAAUCCUGCUGACUUUGCUCUAUGGAAGGCUGCUAAACCCGGUGAACCAAGUUGGGAGAGCCCUUGGGGUCCAGGAAGACCAGGAUGGCACAUCGAGUGCAGCGCAAUGAGUGCCCGUUACCUGUCUCCAAGAUUUGACAUCCAUGGUGGUGGCGCAGAUCUGAAAUUCCCUCACCAUGAAAAUGAGAUCGCCCAGACUUGUGCUGCUUGCGAAGAUGGUCGUGUGAACUACUGGCUGCACAAUGGGCAUGUCACUAACAACAACGUGAAGAUGGGGAAAUCACUGGAUAACUUUUUUACUAUUAGAGAAAUCACGGCCAAGUAUCAUCCACUGGCCCUGAGAUACUUCUUGAUGAGUGCACACUACCGCUCUCCCCUGAACUAUUCCAGGCCACAGCUAGAGAGGUCGUCUGACUCUUUAUAUUAUGUGUAUCAGACAUUACAAGAGCUUGUUGAAGCUCUUUCUCCAUAUCAGGAAGAACUAAAAGAUGACAAUGGAAAGGCUGAAGAGACCGCAGAAGCCAAAGACACGAUCGAGAAAGUAAAGACCGAGUUUGAAACGAAAAUGUCAGACGACUUGAACACAUCUGCUAUACUCACUGGCGCGUUGCAAGACGCGAUGAAAUUCAUUAACGUUUCAAUCAUCAAGCUCAAGAAAAUGCAGAAGAAGCAGCGGAUGUCGGUGCUUGUGUCACUUGUGGAGGUCGAGAAAGCAGUUAGGAAAAUUCUUGAUGUGCUGGGUUUGCUCACUGCUCUGAGCUAUGCAGAGUUUUUGAAAGAAAUGAAAGAAAAGGCAUUGGUAAGGGCAGGAAUAGGAGAAGAAGAGGUCUUGCAGAGGAUUGAAGAAAGGAGAAUUGCAAGAAAGAACAAAGACUUUCAAAGAAGCGACCAGAUUAGAGAGGAGUUGGCAGUUAAAGGAGUCUCCCUCAUGGAUAUUCCUGGGAAAGACACUGUCUGGAGGCCCUGCCUCCCUUGUAGCUCUCAGCCUAAAUCCGACGCCUAACAUUGGUUAUGACACCAAAACGAAUAUAAC